GGGCGCCGCUGCAGGACUCCGCCGUGUAUCUGGCGUCGCUGGAAAGAAGACUGAUGAGAAUUAAGGGUUUGUCUCAGGAAGUGACCUCGAAGGACAUGCUGCAUACUCUUGCCCAAGCAAAGAAAGAAUGCUGGGAUAGGUUUCUGCAGGAGAAAUUUGAGUCUGAAUUUUAUAUUGAGGAAAACGAAUCUGAUGAGAGCACUCUGGAAUAUUUGAAGCGGUGGCUCCAACCUGACAAAGUAGCAAUCAGCACUGAAGAAGUCCAGUGCCUAAUUCCUCCAGAAUCUCAUCCGGACAAGCAAGAAAAUGAGGAAGAACCUCCAGCAGCAAAACAGUGAAAUGCACUCCAGACAUGUCAAGGCCUCCUAUCCAAGGACCAAUAGAGUUCAUUCAGUAGUAGUAACAACAGAUUGGGAGAGGAAAAGUGCCAAUUAUUGGUCAGUAAGCUAUUGGCCUUCAGAGAACAAACUUUGUGACUAGUGGUUGGUAUGGAGAGGGGCGAAGUGCUCUGCAACUCUGUGCAUGCUGGACCUAGAUCUUACUUUUUAUCUCAUAGUUUCAUAGUUGGUAGGGUCAGAAGGGACCUGAGCAGAUCAUCAAGUCCGACCCCCUGCCAUGGCAGGAAAAAGUACUGGGGUCAAACGACCCCAGCAAGCUGUUUGUCUAACCUCCUC